CCUCUUUACUGUCAGGACAUUUCACUCGCUCCAGUACUGUAGGUUAAAAGUAUACAGUGGUGGUGGUAGUGAUAGACCGAUAGGUACGGAGUUAUACUGUAGGUGCUUGGUUAUUGUAGGUUCCUUCGGUUUCCGCACCGACUUUUCACAUGUUUUCCGCUUUUUUCUUUGAUAACCCUUUUUUCGUCUCUCGACCACAGUCUUCUGGGCGGGAUGGAACACAAGGGACACAAAAGAGAAAACCGGGCACUUAGUUGAUGUCAUGCGGGCACGAGUUACAGACGUCGACUGUUUCAAACAUCUGGUGAGUGUGGUUCAGGUAAGAAAACUGGUGACUUGGGGAGGAAGGUGGCUAAGGAGAUUUGGAUUGUUUUUGUCCAUGGUGCGAAGAGGUGACAUCCCACAUUCUUCGAUGUUCUUUCUCCCUCACUCUCAUUUCGCAUACUGUGUCUUUCGCUCUCAUGCACUCACACCCACUCGCCUGCCGUGCCUCUCCGACCUUGGGCCCUGGCAAGCCGUCAUGUUGGGAUCAACUGUUUCCGACUUCAUUGAUGUGCUGUGUGGUUCGUGGCUUGCGGCUUCCGAGACAAUCUUAAAAGGUACGACAUGCUGCGCCAUAUGUUUAGAUUGACCUGUGAGAAAUCGUCCUGCUCUCUUCUUCAACUCGCUAGGACCAACGAGGAAUGCCGACUAUCCAAAGAAGACCGGUCUCAUUCCACACAAAAACGCCACAACAUCCGUUGAUCUCACGGCGACAAUCCCUUCCCGCGGUAUCUUUUUCACAAGACCAUCUCGGGAUAAAUGGGAAAUUUCACAAGCUUGGACCCUCGACCCUCGACACUCGGGCGGUGCGUAGCCGUUGUCAAAAAGCCGACGGGUUCUUGGAAAAAGAACAUGUUCCUGGCUGUCCGAGCCGGUUUCAUGAAAUUCACGAGUAACUCGCACAUCUCGUAACAGGAUCGUCAAGGACAUCGAACUAUCCUCGGUCUCGGUCUUGUCGGUCUCGGUAUUUCGCAGACGGUUUUUGGCGAAGGCGGCGGCGGACAGUCGCGGUCUUCCAACUCUUCCACGCUAGAAUCACUGGACGUGUCUUCUUCGUCGCUGCUGAACUCGUUUGCUUCAGGGUCGGAAAACGGGUCACUGUCGUCAUCGUCUUCGUUUCCGAGUUGGAUUUCAUCUUCCGAGACCACGACCGAGGAAGACAUGUUUGUGCCGACCGCCACAUCGGUCUUGUCGUGCAGACUGGAAAGGGCCAGCGGGUCGUCGGACAGACCAGAGGAGAACGAGUACAUUUCACUCGCGUCCUCCGGCCAGUCGAAAUCUUCCAUGCCGGAUCCCGUGUAAUCCAGGUCGACGGCCGUGGCUUCGGAACUCGAGUCGUCGUGGUCGUUCAGGUAUUGUGCGGUUCUUUGAUAGACGGAGUAGUGACCGAUGAGUUUGGUGAAGCUUGGGUCACCCAGUGACGAUUCGCAUUGAAGCUUCCACUUUGAAAGCCAAGUCAAUUUGUAUGCGAGUGUUUCCAUAUCAAAAAGGUUGAUAAUAAUCAAUAAUAUGAAUAUGGUUGUGUGUUCAGAGCUGCGUUGGGAAGAAGUGGUAAAUAAUGAGGAUGAGUUAUGAUGACGAUGAUGAUGAUGAUGAUGAUGACAAUGUCAAUGGUGUAGACAUACAAUUCUCAUGUAUGUAUUCGGAUAAGGUGCGUCUGGGUACAGUUUUGUGUCUGUGUUGGUAAAGUUUGAUGAUGUUGAAGCAUUUUCUCUUGUACCACCAAAAAAACAAGCCUUCACUUUGUUUUACAAGGUUGUGGAUGUACAAAUACUCGGUACCCGGACGGGAAUCAGCUUCAACGUGGAAAAUCGGAUGAUGGGGACCAGGUGAGAAGAAUGAUCGACAACCAACGUGAACUACCUGACCGAGAUUCACGCGUGGUGCCAACACUAUCGUUACCCGUUGAGGCGGAGUGAGCCUCGCAUGACAACCUCGUGAGUGGCCCUUUGUUACUGUAAAAGUGCAAGUGAGAGUAGACGCUUCGACGGAAUUUUCUAGCAAAUAACCAAAAAGAGGGGCGCACCAUAUGACUGACCCCUUCCAGUCUGUUUUGCCAGUAGGUAUACGUGC